UAACCGCGCCUCUACACCAAUAAAGCGGUUUCAUCUCCUGUAACGGGCAAACGUCACGGCGGAACACGAUGGUACGAACCGUCAACACCGCCGUAUCCACCGCACCGGCGUUAAAGAGAGAAAACUGUUCACGCACGAAACACGACUCCGCUUUCUCCGAUUGGAAGAUCCUUAUUGGAGCUUGUGAUUGGGAGGAUUACUUGUUGAACAAGGAAGGUGCAGAGCGAUACAGGACUCACAACCUACCAAAUUGUUCUUCUUGUCCAGGGCUGUAUGAACUAGGGAUAGCUGUUUCAGUCACAAGAAAACAAGGAAAGAUUGUUAGCAAACUUAAUUCUAAAAAUGUAAUUCCUGUUUAUCUUGGGCAAGCUGAUAAUGUUAGGACUAGACUUCAGCAGUAUGGUAGAGAUGGUGCUCAUUUGGAAAAUGGCUUGUCAAACGGCGAGCAAAAUGAUCGAAAAGUACUUGGAUUGUUUUCUGAUGUAUUCUCGUAUGGAUUUGCCAUCGCGUUUAGAUGGGCUCCGAUGGAAAGUAAAAAAGACGCUGAGAAAACCGAGUCCCAACUUUUAAAAACCUUUGAUUAUGCAUGGAACCGAGGUAUGAACGGGGAGCGUCGUCCUAAAGAUAUACAUAAAAAGCUCAAUAAUACUGAACUACAUCCUAAAAGGGUACUUUUGGUAUUCAAGAACAUUCGUGUCAUCCCUCCAAAAGAAGUUGGCCUUAGAAUCAAACGUUGUGACCCGCCCGUUUUAGAAAACGGAUCUAGCUUUUAUACCAAACAAAAUGAUAUAAAUCCGUUCGCUAAAAUUUUCAAGUUUGGUAGAUCAAGGCCUACAUUAGUAUCAAAAGACGGUAAUAUGAAUAACAAUAAUGUCGGCACAUGUGGCGUAGCCUUAGGUCACGGGUCUAUUUGUAUAAGACCGCCUGUUGAAGGAAGAAAAAGAUGUGCUGACCAUAAAGGGAUGAAAGUCAACGCAUACAUAAGACCUCAUUCAGAUUUAGAAACUGGAACGUUUUGCGAUAGUCAAAACGACUGUGAAGAAGUAAAACAUGAGGGGAUGAUUGUCAAUGAGAAAAUGUCAACAAUCUCGGGUGUGGGUUCAUUGACUUGUGUAGCUAUUACACUUAAUGGCUCCUGUUGUAGAAGAAAACCGAGUAAAAAUAGCCAGUUUUGUUGGCAACAUGAGGCCAUUCGGGCGAAGAUUAGUGACUAAAUUAAAAAAUAAAAAAUAAACUUAUAAAGUUCUUGUUCAUCAAAAAAUGGGUCGAGAAUUGUUCGAAGAGCAUAUUGAAUCUCAUUCAUCAGAGGAAGUCAGCCUGCAGAAGGUAUGUAUACAUACAAACCAUAUGAUUUAUUUUUUUUAUAUACAAAAUGUAACUGUUUGUUGUGUGAGGUGAAAGGUGUGUUGUUUAGCUUUCCCAUUACAAUAAGAUAGAUUUGUUGUCGGUUUGUAAACUUUUAAUUUUAAAAUAUGUCAUUAGGUUUUAUAUUGAUGUUCACGCAUCACUGUCUUGUAACACCAUUUUCAUGAAAUAAUAGUUAUACAUUUAUACCA